GCCUGUCCGCUGUGGCUGCACACCCAAGGCUGAGAGGACGAGGAGUUUGGGUGCUGCCGGGUUUGGGCCCUUUGGAGUCGGCCCUUCGCGCUCUCCCUCACUGUGGCCAAAAGUCUUUCUUUUAGUCAAGAUGAGUGAUAAGCCAGACUUGUCUGAAGUGGAGAAAUUUGACAGGUCAAAACUGAAGAAAACCAAUACUGAAGAAAAAAAUACUCUCCCUUCACAGGAAACUAUCCAACAAGAGAAAGAGUGUGUUCAAACUUCGUCAAAUGGGGAUCUCCUCCCAACAGCAAAUUUCAACAUUGCUUAA